UUUCCUUCCAUUUGACAUGUAAAGUCAAAUCAGGAAGUGAGAUGCAGUGACAGAACAGAACGCAGCAGGCGCAGGAUGGCACUAUGUCUGCCUCUCGGCCUGCCAACAUGAGAGCCUCCCGGGGGAAGACCCCUCUCCUCCUGCUGCUGCUGGCGUUGAUCACACUGACUGGGACAGUGCUGUGUCAAGAGGAAGGUGACGGUGCACCAGAGGAGGAAGUUCAAGAAACAGAGGAAUCAAACCCGGAGGAUGUCGACCCAGACCCAGUGUCGUCCACGACUGCUCCUGAGGGAACUUCUCCGACAGACCUAGAAGCCUCAGAAGAACCAGGUACAAAGGAACCUGAAGAAUCAGGAGACGAUGAGGGCCUAGAAGGUACAGGGGAGUCACGCGAAGGAGAAUCCACCGCAACACCAGAGGAGGACGACACUCUGGGUCUCAUCAUCAUCCCCGUCCUCGUGGUGCUGGUGGUCGUGAUCAUCGGCUUGAUCGUUUGUGGGAUUUUCAUCAGCCGCAAGUGGAACAGAAACAAGAGAAAUCAAGAGCUCAGGAAGGAUGAUCCAUAUCUGGAUGGACCCAGCGAGGAGAAGGUGCCAAUGCCCAUGUUUGAAGAAGACGUCCCCUCGGUGCUGGAGCUAGAAAUGGAAGAGAUGGACCAAUGGAUGAAAAAAGACGGUGAAACUGCAGAGGACUCUAAUCAUGCAGGAUUCUAAUUAUGGUCAAAGAGACGCUCUCCCACCACACGAGGACACACACUCUUCAGAGCAGCGUUGACAACGUGGACGUUUUGACCUUUCUACAAUAAUCCUGCAACAUUUUUCUCACUACAGGAGUUGAUUUUACUGCCUGGAAACAACAUUAUGAGACUUUGGGGGAACUCCCAAUCAUGACUUUUGUUUUUAAAGUAAAACCUUCAGUGAGAGAGAUAAAUCUCAUCGUCUGCGGUGGAGAGCAACGUGCAACAGCUGGACUUUCUUGUGUUGAACACUGGCUCUUUUUAAAUGUCAAUGAUCUGUGUUGCCACCUUGUAUUUCUUCUGCUGUGCUUUGCCUGUUUUUUAUUGUUUACUGUACUACAGCAGGGAAAUGUACUGUAUUUUCUGUCUCGUCGAAUCAGCUCCAAAAAGCUGUCCCCUGCUGAUUCACACUGUUAAAGACUCAGCGGCCGACACUCCUCUCCGCCCCACACAUAGACACCACUGCUCUCACUGGCUGCUGACGACUCAUCUGCGACUCACAGCCUCUUUAUUGUGUCAAACUGCGUGACUCCCUCCAGCUGCAGGUUUUUUUUUAAGGGGAAAUAUCCUGUUGAUGAUUGUAGGCAUGCAUGACAGGGAGGGCCACUCCUUCUUCAUGCCUGUGCAGAGCUGGUUCCGAGAAGGAGGUUUUAGUCAGAAGCCGAUUGAGAUCUCAGCGUGGGAAAUCAGACGCCUGCUGUGUCUUAGUCCUUUUGAUAAGUUACCGAAAUAGCUUUCUAGAAGCUGCUACUGAUAAGAUUUUGAUCUCACCAUAGAAUCGGACUGAAAAAGUGUCUCCACAGACGCUCUUAGAUGUUUUUUUUGCACCAGAUUUAGUCGAUACACUGAUCUGAACAAGUGUCUGUGACUAUUUUCCAGACCCUUGCUUUGUAAAUAUGAGAAUACAGAAAACCAGGGGAGAUUAUUUUCAUGGAGCGCCUUCUGUAAAUAUUUCAUAUGAGGCUGUGGUGUUUUUUUUUAUUACUUUUUGCUGAUGAACCUUUGAAUAAAAUGUCAAAGUGAAAA